GAAACAUGCUUCUUUGCCUGUCUCCUGCUUGGCUGGCCAAGGUGCCAGUCCCAGGCCAGGAAGGUGAGGCAGCCCUGCUGAUCUCCAAGGCCGUGAGCUUCUAUCCAGGGGGUCUGACAUUCCUGGAUGACUUUGUGCCCCCUCGACGUGCCACCUACUUCCUGACAGGCCUGGGGCCAGAAUCUGGUCAUGGCCAGAAGGCUGCGGAGCUGGCCAGGAACCUGACUUGCCCCACAGGAGCCUCAGCAGAGCUGGCGCAGCUGCUGGAGGACCGGCUGCUGAUGAGGCACUUGCUAUCCCAGCAAACUGGGGUGGCCGUGCCAGCUACCCUAGCUUUCACCUACAAGCCUUCAGAGCUGCUUCAGGGAGGGGAUGCCAGCCCAGGACUACGGCUGGUGGAGCUGAGUGGCAAAGAGGGCCAGGAGACCCUGGUGAAGGAGGAAGUUGAGGCCUUUGUGCAUUCCAAGGCCCUGGGGGAUUCCUUGCAGGUGGCUGUGAAGCUCAGUGGCUGGCGCUGGCGGGGACAGCAGGCACUGCGUCUGUUCCCACGGGCACAGCCAGAUACAGUGGUGGACACAGUACUGGCGUUGCUAGAGAAGGUGGAGGAGGAAGAGAGUGUCCUGGUGGAGGCUCUGUGCCCACCUGCCCAGCUGCCUUUACCAGGCAGUCCUGCCGUGGGCCCGGAGCUAGCUGUGCAUAUCUGUGCCUUGGUGUGUCGGAUUCAGGGAGACAGGCCUCUACUGAGCAAGGUGGUGUGUGGCGUGGGUCGUGGAGAUCGGCCUGUGCGCCACCGCAACACGCUACCGAGGACUCUGGAUGUGGCGCUGGCCCAGUGCGGCCUGGAAGAGGAGGCCCAGGUGGCGGCUGUACGGCAGCGCAUCAAGGAGGCCGCUGAAGCCGCGCUGGCCGCCGUGCUGGCCCUGGAGGCCGGCUUGAGCGCCGAGCAGCGUGGCGGGCGCCAGGCCCACACUGACUUCCUGGGCGUAGACUUCACUCUGACGGUGAUCGGCCGCACGCUGACUCCGGUGGUCCUGAAGCUGAACAGCGGCCUGUGCCUGGAGGCGUGCGGCGCGCUCGAGGGGCUGUGGGCGGCGCCGCGCCUGGGCUCCGCGGCCGAGGAGGCGGCGAGCGCACCGCUGGUGGAGACCAUGCUCCGGCGCUCGGCACGCUGCCUCAUGGAGGGCAAGCAGCUGCUGGUGGUGGGCGCGGGCGGCGUCAGCAAGAAGUUCGUGUGGGAGGCGGCCCGGGACUACGGGCUGAAGCUGCAUCUGGUGGAGUCAGACCCCAACCACUUUGCGUCCCAGCUGGUGCAGACAUUCAUCCACUUUGAUGUGACAGAGCACCGGAAGGAUGAGGAGAAUGCCCGGCUGCUGGCUGAGCUGGUACGGACACGUGGCCUGCAUCUAGAUGGAUGCUUUUCUUUUUGGGAUGACUGCCUGGUGCUUACAUCCCUGCUCUGCCAUGAGCUGGGUCUGCCCUGCAGCCCCCCAGCUGCUAUGUGCCUGGCCAAGCAGAAGAGUCGCACCCAGCUGCACCUGUUGUGCCAUCACGGCCCACCCUGGCCUGCACCCUCCCUCCAUGCUGUGGCUUGCUGCCCAUUGGAGAGAGAAGCUGACGUGGAAAGAGCUGUCUCCCAGGUACCCUUGCCAGGUGUGAUGAAGCUGGAGUUUGGGUCAGGUGCAGUGGGCGUGCAGCUAGUGAAGGAUGGGCCACAGUGCCACGAGCACUUUUCCCGUAUCCUUCGUGACUUGCAGGGCGAGGCUGACCACCCUGGCAUUGGGCUGGGCUGGGGCAAUGCCAUGCUGCUGAUGGAGUUUGUGGAGGGCACUGAGCACGAUGUGGACCUGGUGGUGUUUGGCGGACGGCUGCUGGCUGCCUUUGUCUCUGACAAUGGCCCCACAAGGCUGCCUGGCUUCACAGAAACUGCAGCCUGCAUGCCCACUGGGCUGGCACCAGAGCAGGAGGCCCAGAUGGUGCAGGCAGCUUUUCGCUGCUGCCUGGGCUGUGGGCUGCUAGAUGGAGUCUUCAACGUGGAGCUCAAGAUGACUGAGGCCGGGCCGAAGCUCAUUGAGAUCAACCCUCGCAUGGGUGGCUUCUAUCUGCGUGACUGGAUCCUGGAGCUCUAUGGUGUAGAUCUGCUACUGGCUUCUACUAUGGUGGCCUGCGGUCUGCGGCCUGCCCUGCCUGCCCACCCACGUGCCCGUGGCCACUUGGUGGGCAUCAUGUGUGUGGUGUCCCAGCACCUACAGAUGCUGAGUUCCUCUGGCAGUAGAGAGACCUUGCAGGCCUUGCAUGACCAGGGCCUACUGCGCCUCAACUUGCUGGAGGAGGCUGUGAUACCCGGUCAGUAUGAGGAACCCUACUGCAAUGUGGCCUGUGCAGGGUCCAGCCCUGCUGAGGCCCGCCUCCGCUUGCUGGGCCUCUGUCAGGGAUUAGGUAUCGACACGCCCAACUAUCCAGUUGCCCACUUUUUGUCUCAUUUUAAAUAGCACUGGGGUCAGGGAGA